AUGGAAGUGGGCCAAGUCAUAGCAACGGUGUACGGGGAAGCGCCGCGGUUAAACCCAGCCACAUUAGUUGAUUUGUGGUACACGGAGUUGUUAAAUUUUAAUCCUGCCAUCAUUUCCAAAUUUCAAAUGUCGUCAGUUACAAACCUAGAUCACUAUGACUAUUUUACGCAACUCAUUUGGGCAAAUACAAGUGAAGUGGGGUGCGGUGCAUCAAAGUUUCAGGAGCUGUUGUCGGAUAAUGAAAACAGAACCGUGUAUAGACUGGUUUGUAAUUUCUUACCACGAGGUAAUAUAGACGGUCAUCAAAUUUAUGGAAAAGGAGUUCCAUGUACUCAGUGUCCCUCUAACAGCAAUUGUGAUCUAGACUACAAAUCGCUAUGUGCCCCGAUUUAUCCAUAUAACGAGGAAAGUAUUACAAAACAACCGGAACGUUUACAAAUCGAUAGAAAAGAAAAUUCAAGCAAGAACGUAACAGAUAAUUAUGGGAUGAAACUAAUCGAUACUGACGUGGAAUCUGAUAUUAUGUUUGAUUUAUAUUCGCAUUUAUUUCGGGAAGAGAACAAUACAAAUGAUAGGGCAAUCGAAACAACAUCUUUCUGUAAAAAUGUCAUGGCUGUCGACGAGUUUAUAGAUUUGCUGCAUAAAAAAUUAAGCACUGAUAGCUUGUUUAAAGACUUAAUUAAAAACUCAACUCAAAGUGAUAUUCAGUAUACUGACCCAAAAAUUGAUGCAAUUUUCAGUAAAAUAUAUAGUAAAAAAACAAUCCCUACCACCACAAAAUCCACGGAUAGUGAAAUGUUAAAUUCGACAUUGCUUGUUGAUUUGGUGGAAGCUGUUAUUUUUAGGAAUCGCGAUAAAAUAUCAACAGUCGAGAUAAAUACUCCCAAUACAGAAUAUCUGGAGGGUAAAACAGUACAGAUGCAAGCAGAACUAGGCGAGAUACAACGUAAUCUUGAAUUCACUGGCCAUUUCUUUUUCCCUGAAGAUGGAGAAGAAAAUCAAAGUGACCCUACCGAAGUUUACUAUGACCAGUCUACCCUACCUGUAUCUGAAAUAAUACAGGAGAUAGAAGAUUUGAGAAGAGGCAAACAAACAAAAGAUUUCGUUGAAGAAAUUCUUGAAGCUGACUUUGAUGAGGAAACAGUAACUGUAAAUCAUGUUAUAACCAGCGACAAAAUGAAUGGUAAUACGUAA